AGAAUAUUUGAUUAUAGAGGACCCAGGAUAAGCCUAUAAAUAUAGGACUCGUGAUUUCUUCUUUCUUCAUCUAAAGACUAAACAUUUGAGUCUCUAUUAUCAAGAUGGCUAAUGUAGAGGCGAUCACUGCAUUUCAUGGUAGUAUUUCGCGAGAUCCGAACGCAAAAUUUGCAGCGGAAUCAGGAAGGUAUCAUCUGUAUGUAUCAUAUGCCUGUCCCUGGGCUUCAAGAUGUCUUGCAUACUUGCAGCUUAAAGGGCUCCAAGACGCCAUCAGUUUCACGCCUGUGAAACCUAUUUGGGGAAGAACAAAAGAGAGUGAUAAGCAUAUGGGAUGGGUUUUCCCUGCUUCGAAUACAGAGGAGCCAGGCGCUGAACCUGACCCUUUCAAUGGUGCCAAGAGUAUAAGAGCUCUCUACGAGCUGGCGUGUCCUACGUAUGCUGGAACGUAUUCGGUUCCUGUACUGUGGGAUACGAAACAAACCACAAUUGUUAACAAUGACAGUGGGGAAAUCAUCCGAAUGCUCAACACGGAAAUGAAUGAAUUUGCGAGUCAUCCCGAGCUGGAUUUAUAUCCUCUCUCCCUGCAGUCUAAGAUUGAUGAAGUUAACGACUGGGUGUAUAAGGGGAUCAACAAAGGUGUCUAUACUUGUGGUUUUGCAAAGGACCAACAAACUUACGACCAAGCAGUGAAACUGUGCUUUGAAGCCCUUGAUGAAUGUGAGAAAACACUCGAAAAGCAACGCUACAUGUGCGGCGACCAACUAACUGAAGCAGAUGUCCGUCUGUUUGUCAGCCUUGUAAGAUUUGAUGAGGCUUAUGCUGCUCUGUUCAAUUGCAACGAAAAGCAGCUUAGGGAGUACCCAAAUUUGUUCAACUUUACCAAAGAGAUUUACCAAAUUCCUGGGAUCAGUAGCACUGUGAAUAUGGUACACAUUAAGAAGCAUUAUUAUAAAAGUCACCCCGAGUAUAAUCCGAUUGGAAUCAUUCCGGCUGGCCCUAAGAUCGACUUUUCGUCGCCCCAUGAUAGAGAACGCAAAUAAAUUGAAGUUAUGUGAUGUUCUUCUUAAUGUGUGUGUGGCUUCAGUUAUCAUUGUAGAUGAAAUAAAUCUCAAUUCAGAGAGAUGAUAUAAUUAGUAAGUCUCAUGUCAUGGUAUCUAUGUUCUUGGUAGUGUAUGCUUACCAUUUUUACCUUAAAUAAAAAAUAUAUCAAGUAAUGUCA